AUGAUUCGUUAUUGGUUACAGCAAUGCGUCGACAAUCAUAUAGAGUGUGGCCGGGGAUUGGACAACGUUAAGCCCACGCGGUUACUAGAUCUUGCCGCGCCCCUUGGCGAUCAAGAUAUUCGUUUGGUGCUUACUGAAGACAUCGGAGAGCAACCAUAUGCUACAUUAAGUUACAGGUGGGGUACAGUUUCUGGCGUCAACCUCAUGAAAUCUAAUUACGAAACGUUCCGCACGAGGAUCGUCCUGGGAACACUGCCUCGAUCAGUGCAAGAAGCAGUCAGAGUCUGCAGGGGCUUAUCGGUUCGAUAUCUUUGGGUAGAUGCUUUGUGCAUCAUUCAAGAGAGUGGAGCAGACCUAGCACGAGAGAUAGCCCAGAUGGGAUCUAUCUACGCAGGAUCUCUUGUCACUGUGGCUGCGGCCAAUUCGACCCACCACGAAUCUGGCUUUAUUCGAGAACGAUACCCACUCCGAAGAGAGGAUUGCAUUAUCAGUGGUACGGACCAAGAAAUUAUAUUCUCACACGAGCUCCAAUACGACAACUUGAACAAGCAUUUAAUGACUUUGCAGAAGAGUAAACUCAAUGAAAGAGGCUGGGUAUAUCAGGAACGGAUGUUAUCACCGCGGACGGUACAUUUUACAGCAGAGGAAGUUAUCUGGGAAUGUCGUGAGCUAUGUCAAUGUUACCAGUGUGCUGGAACAUCUUCUGCACGUGUAGGCUCUUCAAGCUCACACGUGAAGAACGCAUUUAUACACUUGCACGGUCUCUCGAAUCCCGCCACACGAGACGAGAAAUUUCCCACUGUCUGGUCGUCCAUCCUAAGCGCAUAUACCAGUACAAUGUUAAGCAAUGCGGAUGAUAGAUUGAGCGCCCUGGCAGGCAUCGCUCAAUUUGCAAUCGAGAAGCUUGAUUACAACGCCUCGUAUGGCCUUUGGUUGCACGGGUUCCUUGAGAACUUGCUCUGGUGGGUUAAACCCCGCCAGACAGCUGAUUUGGCAAGCGAAGUUGAGGCGUUGGAUCAUGUACCAAGC